CUUUUCUUUUAUCCCAAAAUUGAAAAACCCCUUGCACCUUAUGUACGGAUUAAACCGACUGAGUUGUCCAAACCACCUCGUCGCCGUAGCCAGCACCGCCAUCGCCGCCAGCACCAAUUCGAAACGGUUGCUCCGCCUCAAUCCACAGCUCAGAUCCAUCGCCCUCUCUAGCCGCCGCGUGAUGGACCCUCCGUCUCCCGCGGCGACAGCCGGGAUCGGCGAUUUUGUGAACGUCGACAAAGAGGGUAAGAUCCCCGGCGAAGACGACGAGGCUCUGCCUCAUAAUCAGAGCUCGAUUAGUGACAGUUACAACGGCUAUGAGAGGAGAAUUCUGCCGCCGGAGCUCUCCAAGAGUGUGGCUACGCUCACGUGCGAUUCGGCUGCGGACGGCGGCGUCUGCGAUGUGUAUUUGGUCGGAACCGCUCACGUUUCUACGGAAUCUUGCGAAGAAGUUCAGGCUGUGAUAGAUUUCUUGAAACCACAGGUUGUCUUUUUGGAGCUGUGCUCUAGCCGUGUUGCUAUUCUUACACCUCAAAACUUCAAGGUGCCAACCACGGGAGAAAUGGUGGACAUGUGGAAGAAAAAUCAAAAUCUUUUUGGGAUACUUUACAGCUGGUUUCUUGCUAAGGUUGCUAGUCAACUUGAAGUUCUGCCUGGUGCAGAGUUUCGGGUGGCAUAUGAAGAAGCCAUGAAAUAUGGCGGCAAAGUUAUACUAGGCGAUCGACCUGUCCAGAUUACGUUGCGGAGAACAUGGGCCAAGAUGCCUCUUUGGCACAAGAUAAAAUUACUGUACUCCUUGCUGUUUCAAGCAGUGUUCUUGCCAAGCCCAGAAGAUCUUGCGAAGGCGCUGAAGGAAAUGGAUGAUGCUGACAUGCUAACUCUAGUAAUUCAGGAGAUGAGCAAGAAGUUUCCCAGUCUAAUGGAAACCCUUGUCCGUGAGCGCGACCAAUAUAUGUCGGCCAUGUUGCUUAAAGUAGCUCGUGAGCAUAAUUCAGUGGUAGCCGUUGUGGGAAAGGGCCACUUACCGGGAAUCCAGAAGAACUGGGAACAGCCUGUUGAGCUGAAGCAACUUCUGAACAUACCAAUUGAAAAAAGGUCGAUUUCAGUGGUGAAGAUACUUAGUACUGUUGGAGUAACAGUUGCUGGGGUUGCUAUAAUUUCUGGCAUUUAUCUCUCCAUCAAGAAAUAGCAUAUCAUUCGAAUGGUUUAAUCUCUACACAUUCAGUGUUUUCAAUUUUGGAAUCAGAAGUAACCUUUUUCUGCUAA